AUGUGGACGGGCAGUACGUGCCCAUGCGUGCCUGUGCGAGACACGGAGCAUGUGGACGGGCAGUACGUGCCCAUGCGUGCCUGUGUGAGACACGGAGCAUGUGGACGGGCAAUAGGUGUUGACAUGACUGCAUGCUCCACAAAGCGUCGAGAGGAGCAGGAGCGGCGUGCCCGUCGAGGCGAUACUGACCCUCGCUAUGAGUACAUCUUCCAGGUGCUGGCGGCCUGCACAGGCAUCGCCAGGCACCAGGUCAUGGACCACGUCUUCGAAGAGAACCUGCUGGAGGAGAUCAGCAAGUUCCUGAUGCCUGGCCAGCAUAACAACAUGAUCUGGUUCUACCAGGAGUGUGACGACUCCCCCGAUGACAACACCAUUCAAGAGGAGGACGACCCAGAUGCCAAGUUGCCGUCGUCACCACUGUUAUCUCAGCCAUCCAGCGGACACUCGCGUCGCAGCUCCACCGUCAGCGGACCCACCGAGCCACACCAGUCCCGCCGGGACUCCACAGCCACCGAGCACACAGAUGACGGUGAACCUGAGCCAGACACCAGUAGGCGGAAGCGUCUCUUUAUUGGCAACCCCGCGGUCACUCCCCUGAGGGGCGUGUGUGUGUGUAUGUCACGGACCACGCCCCAGCGCUCUGUUACUGAGGAGAACGUCCACAGGGAAGUGAACUUCAUGCUGGUGAAGAAUGGCGAGGACCCGGCGGUGCUGCUGAGGUCGGUAGAGCGGCUACUGAGCAAGGUGUUCGUGCCCGCGGUCAGGGUCAACCCUUCAGACCUGGACACGUGGCCCGGCAGCGUCAGCGCCAGGGACCAUCUGCUGGCCGGUCUCAGGUCCUUCGCCUCGUGUCUCCACGUGUCGGAGGCCAUCAUGGAGGAGAGGGUGGUGCUGGCGGCACCGGAGGAGGGCGUUGAGGAAGUACGAGGACUGACGGAGGCGCAGGCAGUGCUAGGCCAGCCAGACCACCUGCUGGCCAUUGAGCGGACCGUCAUCAUCUGGCUGAAGCAGAUCGAGUCAGUACUGAUAGAGAUGGAGCAGCUGCGUCAGGAGAGCGAUGACGCUGGACCUCAGGACGAGCUGGAGUAUUGGAAGAGGCGCAUGGCCAAGUUGAAGUUCCUCUCUGAACAGAUGGAGUCUCCUCAGGUGCGAGGAGCCGUGCUGGUGCUACAGCUGGCCAGGUCGAAGGUGCUCAAGACGUGGAAGGAGAUGGACGCCAGGGUCACCCACAACCUGGCUGAGGCCAAAGAUAACGUCAAGUUUGUUUACGCCAUCGAGGAGUACUGCCACCCACUCUACCUCAAUGAUCCCCCUGGAAUGACGCCAUACAUCAUGAUGCUGUUCAACACGGUCCGCAUGAUCCAUUCCAUCUCCAAGUACUACAACACCUCGGAUAAGCUAUCAGCUCUCCUCAUCAAGAUCACCAACCAAAUGAUCAGGGCGUGUCAGGUGUACAUAUCCUGCCAGGGACAAGAGACCAUCUGGUCACAAGCGCGUGAGGACGUGCGCACCAAGAUCCAUCACUGCCUCAAGCUCAACACCACCUACAGAACAGCUUACCAAAAAACGAAGGAGAAGCUGGAGGCCAUGCCUGGUGAGCGACCCUUCAGCUUCAGUGAGCAAUACGUCUUCGGCAAGUUUGAGGCGUUCUGUUGCCGCCUCAACAACAUCACUGGGCUCUUCGACGACAUUGACAAGUUCUCGGGAUUCUUCGAGGGCCGAGCCGAGUCCUUGCUCCCCAUGGAGGUGGCGCCAACUGGCCUUCGCGAUAUCCUCAAGUCGUGGCAGGAGAUGUGCAGCGAGAUAUCUCAGAAGUCCUACGACUACCUCGAUUACCGUGACCGUCACUUCGAGUCGGACCUGGAGGUGUUCGCUGCCAGUGUCCGGGAGCUGCUGAGACGCAUCCACAUCAUGGUAGAGAAAGAACACGAGGAGAUCUGGGAGACUCCCAUGGCCUACAAAAUGCUGGCCAGGUUUGAAAAGAUUGCCGAGGUAGUGCCACAACUAGACGUGGAGGGCAAGUACAAGAGAAUUCUUGCGCGGUUCCAUCAAGAGCUGGAGAAAGUGACCCGCAUCUACUCUCGACAGUGUGAAAACCCGCCUCAGCUGCGUGGCCUGCCCCCUGUUGCUGGAAAGAUCCAGUGGGCCCGGAGCUUGUUCCUGCAUCUGGAGGAGCCCAUGAUGUUCUUCAAAGAUCAUCCUGUUCUGCUGAAGAUGCCUGAGGGGAAGGAGGCGGUGAGGAGGUACAACCGUUUAGGGAGGACUCUGGUGCAGUACGAGCUGGCUUACUACGAUGCCUGGCGGAAGCAGAGUAUGACUGACAUCCAGAAGUCGCUGCGGUGUACACUGGUGGUAAGGCGACCCGACACCGAGGACCUCUACGUCAACUGGGACCCCAGGAUCUCCACCCUCCUUCACGAGGCUACCAAGAUUCAGCAGCUGGGCUUCGACGUGCCCUACAUGACCCAGCUGCUCCUCAACAGGGCUCCUCUCCUUCUCAAGAAACGCGACAUGGUCAAGCACUUGUUAAACGAGCAGGAGCGAGUGCUGGGUAAAGUGGGGAAGAGCCUGGCUCCCCUGCUGGUGCCCCACGUCACCAAGCUGAAGGAGACGCUCAGCCCACUUCUCACCACUCUCACCUGGUCCUCCAUACAGGCCCAUAGUUUCUUCGACCAUGGCUUCCAGGCUGUGAGGACCUUCGAGGUGCUUAUUGACAGAGUAAACGACAUCUUCCACCACCGGAUGGAAGGCGUCCUAGCGGCCAUGACCAGCGUCAGGCUCUACCUCCUGCCGGAUGUCGCGCCCUGGACUCUCGACCUCUUCAUUCACAAGACCUGGCUCACCUGCUGCCAGGCUGCUCAGGAGCUCAACAGCAGGAGCCGUGUGGUGGAGGACGCCGUGCUGGAGCUCAUCGAACUGGUGCUGGUGGGGGUAGAGGGCGGGAUACCCGGCAACGACAACACCAGCUUCCUCAUUGCUGAAGAUCUUGAUGACGGAGGCGACCUUGACGACUCUCGCUCAGUGUCAUCCGCAGGAGGAUCGUCCCGGCGGAGCCCUGUGCCUGUAACAGAGGGGCCCUUCGCCACCACACUGGAGCUGCCCACCAAGCCUCUCACACCCCAGGAGAAGGCCGCUAAGAAGAAAAGGGAGACGCGAGAAAAGGUGGAGUGUGCAGCGCGGGACCUGAGGCGCAUAUACCAUCGUAAGGUGCUGGACGUUCUCGUCAAGUCCGUCCGCGGGGCGCUCGACUCCAUCCGCAAGCACACGUCCGUGACCCCUCCGCACACCCAAGGAGAAGUGAGCAGCAGGCGUGGUGGUGGCAUCAUUGGCACCGGAAUCAGAGCAGUAGAGGAGACUCAGGGUGUGGCACUGGUGGAGCUGAGUGCCUCGCUGGUGUCCCCGGGAGUGCAGGUAACUCCCAGCCUGGACGAGGUGCAAGAGACCAUUAACAAGGUGGCCAAGAUCAUCCUCUCUACGUCCAGGGGCGUCUCCCAGUGGAUCAGGUGCCGAAAAGAAGACACUGGAGAAACUGAGAUAAAAUGUGAACAAACAUCAGGCAGCCGGAGGACGUGGAAGGUCCGGGAGGAAGUGCUGGAGGUGCCGGCCAUGACCAAGAACUACUACACUCACGUCUACGAGAGCAAGGACGUGUCCAAGGUCAUGGGCCAUAUGACCAACUCAUUCCAGUCCACCAAAAAUGAGCUGUACAAUACCUUCAGCACCUGGGAGAAGUAUCACCACCUGUGGCGGGUGGACAAGGAGAUGGCCAUCAAGGAGUUCAUCAGCAGCAGCCCCACGCUUCAGGACUACGAUAAGACGCUCAAGAGCUACGUCGACAUGGACAAGCAGAUCAAGGCCGAGCCCAGUCGCUAUCGGGUGGGGGCGCUGGCGGUCAACACAGACAACCUGAAGAAAGCCCUCAUAGUGGAAGCGACGCUCUGGGUCAACAAGUACGGGGAGGCUCUCAAGACCACCUACAUGAAGGAAAUGGAGAGACUCUUCGCCCAACUGACGGAGCUCUCCCGCCGUCUGGAGCGGCCUCUCAAAGACCUCGACGAUAUCAAAGGAGCAAUUGACAUUCUCCGUAAGACUCGUGACCUCGAGCUGGACAUGGACGAUGCCAUCGACCCAAUAGAGGAGUCCUUCGGCCUGCUUGUGAAGUACGAGCUGGGCCUGACGCAGGAGGAGGCCGAGAGAGUGGACAACCUGCGCUUCACCUGGCAGAAGGUGCUGGCGCAGGCCGUCGAGGUCCAGAACCUCCUGUCUCGAGUACAACCCUACUUCAGGAACGAGCUGAUCCACAACGUGGCGCAGUUCAAGAAGGACUGCAACAAGUUCGUCCACGACUACCGAGCCUCAGGCCCCAUGGUGGCCGGCCUCCACCCCCGCGACGCCUCCGACCGGCUCAUCCUUGCUCAGAACCGGUUCGACACACUGUGGCGGAAGCACUCGAGCUACUCAGUGGGGGAGGAACUCUUCCGCUUACCUCGCUCAGAGUUCCCUGAGCUGGGCCAGAUCCGCAAGGAGCUCAACCUUCUCCAGAAGCUCUACAAGCUCUACAACGACGUCAUUGACCGCGUGACCUCCUAUUACGACAUCCCCUGGGGCGAGGUUAACAUAGAAGAGAUCAACAAUGAGCUUAUGGAGUUCCAGAACAGAUGUCGCAAGCUGCCUAAAGGUCUGAAGGAGUGGCCGGCUUUCAACACACUGAAGAAGACCAUUGAUGACUUCAACGACAUGUGCCCCCUGCUGGAGCUGAUGUCGAACAAGGCCAUGAAGCCUCGCCACUGGCAGCGUAUCGCCGAGGUCAUCAACAGACCCCUGGAGGUAGACAGCGAGAACUUCUGCCUCAGGAACAUCAUGGACACUCCCAUUCUCCAGUUCAAGGAGGACAUUGAGGACAUCUGCAUCUCAGCCGUGAAGGAGAAGGACAUUGAGGCGAAGCUGAGGAUAGUGACCAACGAGUGGGCCAACCAUGACCUGACUUUCUCCACCUUCAAGAACCGCGGCGAACUGCUGCUGCGGGGCGACACUACUGCUGAGGUCAUCACCCAGCUGGAGGACUCCCUCAUGGUGCUGGGUUCCCUCCUCUCCAACAGGUAUAAUGCACCCUUCCGGAAGCAGAUUCAGAAGUGGGUGAGCGACCUGUCCAACGCGAACGAGAUCCUGGAGAGAUGGUUGUUCGUACAGAAUCUGUGGGUCUACCUUGAGGCUGUCUUCGUCGGGGGAGAUAUCGCCAAGCAACUACCCAAGGAGGCUAAGAGGUUCUACGUGAUCGACAAGAACUGGCAAAAAAUCAUGGCCCGGGCACACGACAAUCCCAAUGUGGUGACAUGCUGCGUGGGGGACGACAUGCUUAAACAACUUCUCCCAUACCUUCAAGACCAGCUAGAGGUCUGCCAGAAGAGUCUCUCCGGCUAUCUUGAGAAGAAGAGAAUGAUGUUCCCUCGCUUCUUCUUUGUGUCUGACCCAGCGCUGCUGGAGAUCCUGGGCCAGGCCUCAGACUCACACACAAUCCAGGCCCACCUCCUCUCCAUAUUUGACAACACCAAGACCGUCCGAUUCCACGAGCAGGAUUAUGACCGCAUUACUGCUAUCUCUUCCUCUGAGGGUGAAAUUGUUAUGCUGGAGAAACCGGUGCGAGCCGAGGGCAGCGUUGAAAUUUGGUUAAUGAAACUCUUGGUGAUGUGUCAGCAGUCUGUGCAUGGUAUCAUCCGCCAGGCACACCACGUCAUCCAGGAUCCAGACCUUAACGUCCUCCGCUUCCUGGAUCAGUUUCCAGCACAGGUUGGCAUCCUGGGACUACAGAUGAUCUGGACCAGGGACUCGGAGUUGGCCCUGAUGCAAGCCCGCGCUGACCGCCGGGUCAUGUCGGAUAUGAACAACAGGUUCCUGGAGCUGCUGAACCUUUUGAUCAACCAGACGACUAGGGACCUCGAGGCCGUUCAGAGAACCAAAUACGAGACCCUCAUUACCAUCCACAUCCAUCAGAGGGACAUCUUCGAUAGUAUGUGCCGGAACAACGUGAGAUCCGCUUCCGACUUCGACUGGCUGCGACAGAUCCGAAUAUAUUUCCGGGAGGACUUGGACCGCACCAACAUCGUGCUCACCGACGUCACUUUCCACUACCAGAACGAGUUCGUUGGUUGCACCGAGCGACUCGUCAUCACCCCUCUCACAGACAGGUGCUACAUCACGCUAGCGCAGGCUCUGAGCAUGAGCAUGGGCGGGUGUCCGACGGGGCCCGCCGGGACGGGCAAAACAGAGACCACCAAGGACAUGGGCAAGACACUAGGCAAGUACGUCGUCGUCUUCAACUGCUCCGACCAGAUGGACUACCGUGGCCUCGGCAGGAUAUAUAAGGGUCUGGCACAGUCCGGGUCGUGGGGCUGCUUCGACGAGUUCAACCGCAUCGAGCUGCCGGUGCUGUCGGUGGCGGCUCAGCAGAUCGCCGUUGUCCACACUUGCAAGAAGGAGAGGCGCAAGACCUUCCAGUUUACCGACGGAGAUGUCAUACCCAUGAACCCCGAGUUCGGCAUUUUUCUUACCAUGAACCUGGGUUACCACGGGCGCCAGGUCCUGCCAGAAAAUCUGAAGAUCCAAUUCCGGAACGUGGCCAUGAUGGUCCCGGACCGCCAGAUCAUCAUCAGGGUGAAGCUGGCCUCGUGUGGCUUCCUAGAGAACAUAACACUAGCGCGCAAGUUCUACACGUUGUACAAGCUGUGUGAGGAACAGCUCACUAAGCAGGUCCACUACGACUUCGGGCUGCGCAAUAUCCUGUCGGUGCUGAGGACGUUGGGGGCGUCCAAGAGAGCCAACGCCAAGGACUCUGAGGCCACCAUAGUGAUGAGGGUCCUCAGAGACAUGAACCUCUCCAAGCUAGUCGACGAGGACGAGCCGCUGUUCAUGUCUCUGAUCGAGGACCUCUUCCCUAAUAUGGCUCAAGAGAAAGGCUACCACAACCAACUCACCACCACCAUUGGAGAGAUCGUGGCUGAGCUGGGGCUCGUCAACCACCCGCCCUGGACACUCAAGCUCACGCAGCUGUACGAGACCCAGCGGGUGAGGCACGGCAUGAUGACUCUGGGCCCCAGCGGCGCCGGCAAGACCUCCUGCAUCCACGUGUUGAUGCGCGCCCUCACCAAGAUGGGCCAGCCGCACAGGGAGCUGAGAAUGAACCCGAAGGCCAUCACUUCAGCGCAGAUGUUCGGGCGACUGGAUGUGGCCACCAACGACUGGACCGAUGGUAUCUUCUCCACUCUCUGGAGGAAGACGCUCAAAGCUAAGAAAGGUGAGCACAUCUGGCUAGUACUGGAUGGGCCCGUCGACGCCAUAUGGAUAGAGAACCUAAACUCGGUGCUGGAUGACAACAGGACGUUGACACUGGCCAAUGGAGACAGAAUACCUAUGUCCCCGGCCUGCAAGGUCAUCUUCGAGCCCUCAAACAUCGAGAACGCCUCCCCGGCCACCGUCUCCAGAAAUGGCAUGGUGUACAUGAGCUCGUCGGGACUGGACUGGCAGCCGCUGUUGCAGGCGUGGGUGAAGACUCGUCCCCACCACGAGCAGGCCGUCCUCAAUGACCUCUUCUCCACCUGUUUCUUCGAGCUGUUCACCUGGACCAAGCAGAACCUUCAGCUGUGUCUCCCCGUCCUGCAGGUCAACAUCAUCACCCAGGCCACAAAGAUCAUGGAAGGCCUUCUGCCGGAGGAGCAAGUUCAGCUACACCUCGGCAGGCGCGAGCCCGACCCUGAUACUGAAGAACUCCAGGAGACGCAACAAGCACCCAUCCAAGAGCAUAUACAUCGUUUGUUUGUCUUCUCUAUGAUGUGGAGUGUGGGUGCGCUCCUCGAGCUGCCAGACCGAGCCAAGCUAGAAGAUCAUCUACGGACCGAGUAUCCGCACCUAGACCUUCCCCCUCGCGGACACAGCCCCGCUGACUCCAUCUUUGACUACCGUGUUGAUGAGAACGGAUGGUGGCAGCACUGGGAGACGCGGGUGACGGAGUUCGUGUACCCCGACACUGGCUGCCCAGACUACACCUCCUUCCUGGUGCCCAACGUCGACAACGUCAGGAUGGACUUCCUCGUCCACAUAAUAGCGCAGCAGGGAAAGGCAGUGCUGCUGAUUGGUGAGCCGGGGUCAGCCAAGACGGUCACUAUCAACGCCUUCAUGAAGAAGUACAACCCGGAGGAUCACCUUUGUCGCAAUUUCAACUUCUCCUCAGCCUCCACGCCCCUCUACUUCCAGAGAACCCUGGAGAGCUACGUGGACAAGCGGAUGGGCAGCACCUUCGGGCCUCCCGCCGGGAAGAAGAUGACAGUGUUCGUGGACGACCUCAACAUGCCGCACAUCAACGACUGGGGAGACCAGCCGACCAACGAGAUAGUGCGACAGACGAUGGAGAUGGGCGGGUUCUACAGCCUGGAGAAGCCUGGAGACUUCACUUACAUUGUCGACUUGCAGUUCCUGGCAGCUAUGGGCCACCCGGGUGGCGGCCGCAACGACAUUCCCUCCCGCCUGAAGCGCCACUUCUGCAUCUUUAACUCCACCAUCCCGUCCGAGGGCUCCAUCAACAAGAUCUUCGGCGUGAUUGCUCGCGGCCAUUACAGCGUAAAGCGCGGCUUUAAUCAAGAGGUCAGGGACAUGGUGGAGAAGUUGGUGCCUUUGACGAGGAAGAUGUGGGCUCAUACCAAGAACAAGCUGCUCCCCACACCGGCCAAGUUCCACUACGUGUUCAACUUGCGCGAUCUCUCACGCAUCUGGCAGGGCAUGCUGGGCGCCGCUGCCAAUGUCGUCACCUCCUCUGACACCCUGCUGGCCCUCUGGCGCCACGAGUGUUGCCGGGUCAUAGCUGACAGGUUCACCUCGCCGAAGGAUGUUCGGUGGUUCGAGGAGGCGUUGGUGAGCCUGACGCAGCAGGAGCUCGGGCCGCGCUUUACCAAGGACAUCACCACCACGCACUUCUUCGUCGACUUCCUUAGGGACGCUCCAGAGCCGACGGGGGACGAAGGGGAAGACCUGGACAUGGAGAUGCCUAAAGUGUACGAAGCCAUACCCUCCUUCGCCACCCUGGAGGAGCGCCUGCAGAUGUUUCUCUCCCAGUACAACGAAAUGGUCCGCGGCGCGGGCAUGGACCUGGUCUUCUUCAAGGACGCAAUGAUCCACCUUAUCCGAAUCUCCCGCAUUAUACGUAACCCUGGAGGCAACGCCUUGCUGGUGGGCGUGGGCGGCUCCGGCAAGCAGUCGCUCACCAAGCUGGCCUCAUUCAUCGCCGGCUACAAGACCUUCCAGAUCGCCCUCACCAGAUCCUACAAUACGACCAACUUAUUAGAGGACCUAAAAGUGCUGUACCGGACGUGUGGGAUCCAGGGAAAGGGAACCACCUUCAUCUUCACUGACCAGGAGGUGAAGGAAGAAGCUUUCCUCGAGUACCUCAACAACGUCCUCUCCUCAGGGAUGGUGAGCAACCUGUUCAACCGAGACGAGCAAGGCGAGAUUGUUAGCGAGCUGAUCCCUAUCAUGAAGCGCGAGCACCCUCGGCGCCCUCCCACGCCAGAGAACGUCAUGGACUUCUUCCUCGCCCGCACCCGCCAGAACCUCCACGUCGUCCUCUGCUUCUCCCCGGUUGGGGAGAAGUUCAGGAGUCGUGCCAUGAGGUUCCCCGGGUUGAUUAGUGGUUGCACCAUCGACUGGUUCCAGCCAUGGCCGAAGGAGGCACUGGUGGCGGUGGCCCAGCACUUCCUGAAGAGCUACCAGAUCAUCAGCACCCCAGAGGUGAAGACCAGCCUGGUCAAGGGCAUGGGCACCAUCCACGACCACGUGGCACAGCUCUGUACCGACUACUUUCAGAGGUACCGUCGUGCGGCCCAUGUCACCCCAAAGUCGUUCCUGUCAUUCAUCAGCAUUUACAAGAAGAUCUAUAAUGAGAAGCGGGAUGAGAUCGGAGAGUCGGCCACCAGGAUGACCUCGGGACUGGACAAGCUUCAGGAGGCGUCGCUGGCGGUGGAGAGGCUGAGGGAGGAGCUCUCUGUUAUGGAGGAGGAGUUGGCUGUCGCUUCCCAGAAAGCGCAAAAGAUCUUAGAGGAAGUGACCCGUCGGGCCGAGGAGGCAGAGACCAUCAAGGAGGAGGUGGAGAAGGUGCGAGACAAGGCUCAGGCACUCGUCAACGACAUUGCCAAGGACAAGUCCCUGGCGGAGGAGAAGCUGGAGGCAGCCCGCCCUGCCCUGGAGGAGGCAGAGGCUGCUCUCAACACUAUCAAACCUGCGCAUAUUGCAACGAUACGUAAACUUGGUCGGCCGCCGCACCUCAUUAUGAGGAUCAUGGACUGUGUGUUGAUCCUGUUUCAGCGGCACCUGCAACCCGUCAGGCCUGACUCCAUUGCUCCUUGCCCCAAGCCAUCUUGGCCCGAAAGCCUCAAGAUGAUGGCAAGCACCACUUUCCUGUUGUCGCUGCAAAACUUCCCAAAAGAUACCAUCAACGACGAGGUGGUGGAACUUCUGGAGCCUUACUUCGACAUGGAGGACUACGACAUGGACACGGCCAAGCGGGUGUGUGGCGACGUGGCCGGCCUCCUCUCCUGGACUCGAGCCAUGGCCGUCUUCUUCGGUGUCAACAAGGAGGUCCUUCCUCUUAAGUCUAACCUGGCGCUGCAAGAAGCCCGCUUACGUCUGGCGAUGGGAGACCUGGAGCGGGCGCAGGCCGAGCUGGACGACAAGCAGCGGGAGCUGGACGUGGUGAGGGGACAGUAUCAGGCCGCACUCGCAGAGAAGCAGAAGCUCAUUGACGCUGCCAAUGUGUGUCGCAGAAAGAUGCAAGCUGCGGCCACUCUCAUCAAUGGUCUGGCUGGGGAGAAGGUGCGUUGGACCAAGCAGAGCAAAGCUCUUAAACAACAGCUGGGAAGGCUUGUAGGGGACGUGCUGAUGACCACGGCGUUCCUGUCGUAUGCGGGGCCCUUCAACCAAGAGUACCGCACCAAGAUGACCAAAGCCUGGCGCUCCCUUUUCAACUCUCGCAGCAUUCCCUAUACUGGAGACCUCGACGUCACUACCUGGCUUAUCGACAAUGCUACUGUAUCGGAGUGGAACCUGCAGGGUUUGCCAAACGACGAGCUCAGCAUCCAGAACGGACUCAUUGUUAGCAAAGCCUCCUGCUAUCCUCUCCUCAUCGACCCUCAAGGCCAGGGUAAAAUAUGGAUCAAGAACAGAGAGGCUAUGAAUGAGCUGCAGAUCUCCUCGCUAAACCACAAGUACUUCCGAACCCACCUGGAGGACUCGCUCUCUCUGGGCCGACCGCUCCUCAUCGAGGACGUCGAGGAGGAGCUCGACCCCGUCCUCGACAACCUGUUAGAGAGAAAUUUUAUCAAAUCUGGCUCCAUCUUAAAGGUGGUGGUGGGGGACAAGGAGUGCGACGUGAUGCCGGGCUUCAUGCUCUACAUCACCACCAAACUCUCCAACCCUGCCUACGCCCCUGAGGUCUCUGCCAAGACGGCCAUCAUUGACUUCACCGUUACAGUCUACGGUCUCGAAGACCAGCUCCUGGGUCGAGUGAUCAGGACGGAAAAGAGCGAGCUGGAGAAUGAGAGAGUGGCACUUAUCGAGGAGGUGAUGGAGAAUAAGAGGAGGAUGAAGGAGCUGGAGGACAACCUCCUCUUCCGUCUCACUUCCGUCCAGGGCUCGCUAGUGGACGACGAGGACCUGAUCAUAGUGCUUCAGGACACCAAGCUGACAGCACAGGACGUGAGCACAAAGCUUCAUGUGGCCUCUGAGACUGAGCGCAAGAUAAACAUCGCUCGCGAGGAGUACCGGCCCGUUGCCACUCGUGGGUCCAUACUAUACUUCCUCAUCACUGACAUGGCAGCCGUCUCCUGCAUGUAUCAGACCUCCCUCAGGCAGUUUCUCAUCCUCUUCGACAUGUCCAUGAUCAGGUCUGACCGAAGCAACUCUCCCAAGACAAGGAUCGGCAACAUCAUCAGGUACCUGACCCACCAGGUGUGGAAGAACACCUGCCGGGGCUUUUACGAGCGCCACAAGUUCCUCUUCACGCUGCUCCUCGCCAUGAAGAUCGACCUACAGUGUGGCCACGUCUCUCAUGAAGAGUUCAUGAAGUUUAUUAAAGGCGGGGCGUCGCUGGAUCUGAAGACGGUGCAGCCCAAGCCCUUCCGCUGGAUCCUAGACAUAACUUGGCUCAACCUGGUGGAGCUGAGUAAGCUGCCCCAGUUCAACAACAUCCUCGACCAGAUCGCCGAGAACGAGAAGGACUGGAGGCUCUGGUUCGAGAAGGAUAAGCCAGAGGAGGAGGAGCUGCCGUGCGGGUACUCUCGCUCACUCGACAUGUUCCGUCAGCUGCUGCUGGUGCGCUCUUGGUGUCCAGACCGAACCCUCUCCCAGGCACGACGCUACAUUAGGAGUGCUCUGGGCGAGCAGUACGCAGACAGUGUGAUCCUGGACCUGGAAGCCACCUGGGAGGAGUCCGACAACCGUACACCUCUCAUCUGCUUCCUCUCCCAGGGCUUCGACCCCUCUGGCCAGAUCGAGACACUCGCUAAGGCCAAGGAAAUAGAAAUCCGAUUGAUAUCCAUGGGUCAAGGGCAGGAGGCUCACGCUCGACGCCUGCUGUCCGAGGCGAUGGCAGCAGGUCGAUGGUUGCUGCUACAGAACUGUCACCUGAGCCUCGAGUUCUGCCAGGAGAUGCUAGACACCAUCACAGAGUCCAGUAACAUCCACAAGUGCUUCCGCCUCUGGAUCACCACCGAAGUCCAUACCGCCUUCCCCAUUGGCCUUCUCCAGAUUUCCAUUAAGUUCACCAACGAGCCUCCGCAAGGUAUUCGGGCCAGUCUAAAGAGAACCUACGCUGACAUCUCUCAGGACCUGCUCGACUACACCAACGCUCACCAGUGGCCCAGGCUCCUCUACGCCACAGCGUUCCUCCAUACCGUGGUGCUGGAGCGUCGCAAGUACGGACCCUUGGGCUGGAAUGUUCCCUACGAGUUCAACCAAGCAGAUUUUCAGGCCUCUGUCCAGUUUAUCCAGAACCAUCUGGACGACAUGGACCCCAAGAAGGGUGUGUCGUGGGUGACCAUCUGCUACAUGCUGGGGGAGAUCCAGUAUGGAGGGAGAGUGACAGAGGACUUUGACAAGAGGCUGCUCUUGACCUUCCUUCAUGUGUGGCUCAACGAGAGAGUCCUCACCUCCGACUUCAGAUUCUACCAGGGCUACGGCCUGCCCAUGUGUAAGGGCCAGACGGAGUACUUGGAGUUCAUUAACCAACUGCCGGCCACAGACUCCCCAGAGGUAUUCGGUCUACACACCAACGCAGACAUCACGUACCAGAUCAACACAGCCAAGAGCAUCCUGGACACCAUACUGAGCAUGCAGCCCAAGGAAGGCGGCCAGCGGGAUGGAGAGACCAGGGAGGCUGUCGUAUCCCGCCUCGCCAGUGACAUGUUGGGCAAGCUCCCCCCAGACUAUGUCCAGUAUGAGAUCCGUGAGGCCCUGCAGAGGAUGGGCGCCAUCUUGCCUAUGAACAUCUUCCUCAGGCAAGAGCUGGAUCGCAUGCUCAAGGUGAUGAAGGUGGUGCGUCAGACACUUCAGGACCUGCACCUGGCCAUCGAGGGCACCAUCAUCAUGAGUCCCUCCCUGAAGGACACACUGGAUGCCAUGUACGACGCCAGAGUCCCGGAGCGCUGGCGCAAGUUCUCGUGGGAGUCGAGCACACUUGGGUUCUGGUUCACAGAGCUGCUGGAGCGCGACGCACAGUUCCGCCGCUGGUACACCUACGGCAGACCCAAGGCCUUCUGGAUCACCGGGUUCUUCAACCCUCAAGGCUUCCUUACCGCCAUGAGACAAGAAGUGACGAGGCAACACAAGGGGUGGUCGCUUGACUGUGUCAUCCUGCAAAACCUGGUGACCCGCUUCAGUCGGGAGGACAUCCACGACCCGCCGCCAGAGGGAGUGUACAUAUACGGGCUCUUCCUGGAGGGCGCCGCCUGGGACCGCAAGCAGGGACGGCUCAUGGAGUCCCGCCCUAAGGUACUGUAUGAGCCGAUGCCUGUGAUCUACCUGUAUGCUGUCAACACCACCAGCGGCAAGGACCCCAACCUGUACGAGUGUCCCAUAUACAGGAAGCCCAAGCGAACCGACGCCACCUACAUCGGUUCUAUAGACCUGGAGACUACCGACUACCUCCCUUCCCACUGGACGCUGCGAGGGGUGGCUCUGCUCUGUGACAUCAAGUAAACCCUCUGAAGAAUAAUGUAAUGUAAUGCAGCAGUGUCCGUCCUCUCGCACUUGCCUCGCCACAGUCGGUCAGUCAACACGCACCGCACCCGCUGCCUCGCCACAGUCGGUCAGUCAACACGCACCGCACCCGCUGCCUCGCCACAGUCGGUCAGUCAACAUGCACCGCAGCCGCUGCCUCGCCACAGUCGGUCAGCCAACACCCACCGCAGCUGUUGCCUCUUAAUAUUUGACUGUUGUCUUUACAUGUGCUGGCGUCAAGCUGUGGUCAUGCACAAGCUCUCUAAAGCCACACAACUCACCACAACAAGUGAACAUCGUGUUUACUAAUUUGCUUCGUGUGCAAGGUUAAAUUUGCGAAUAUUUUGUUGACCACUACUUUCCCUAGGCCUAUUUAAUAGGCCGAUACUAAAGGUUCAAAAUUACAAGCAUUAGUUUUACUUUUCAUUAUAGACCCCAUUAAUUUUAACACUAAUUAGAACUCUAAUUAUCAAAAAAAAUUAUGUAAAGGGGAAGGGAAAUGCUUGUUUUCUCUGGUAAUAUAGUGACAAACAUUCUUGGGCUUAAAGAAACAGUGGAUAUUUUUAGUGUCUAAUUAGUGCUAAAAUGAAUGGGAGUCAGUAAUAAAAAGUAGCCAUUUGCCCGAAAGGCUAUGCAUAUUUGUGGCUUUAGGUAUUGUAUGUACUAGCUCUAUAUAUAAAUCCAACAUUAUGUUUGUAAUUCUUCAUCAAUGUAUGUACUUUUAUCUAAAUAAAAAUUUGAAUUUGUUAAAUUUGAAUUUGUAAAGCUAAUUACUUGUUAAUGGUGGUAAAGCAACAGUUGGUGGACGCAGUUCUCAUUGUAAGGAUCCCCCCCCCCCCCCCGAGGCCUGGGUGCUGGCGGGUCAACCCAACACUACUUCAGCCAACGGAGAACUAGCUAAACUAAUCUCCCUGCAAAUCAGCGCCCCCUGACGUUAAUAUAUUAAAUUCCUCUUACGGUGGCUGCGCUAUCAGGCACCUUCAUGAUCAUGUCUCUUUUAUAUUAUGAUCACUAAUGAUUCUACUCCGUUCAUUAUUCCACCAAUUUACUUUGUGAGAGACUGGUAUAGACAGCUCGUGUUCCUCGGUGUUGAGCUGCUGUUCUUAUUGCACCUCUUAAAAUGGUCAUUACCACCAGUAAUUAAUUGUCCCAAACAAUGAGUGCAACAUUUCGUGCACUAUUCACAAGUGACAGGGAUUACAUAAAAUGUUAAUUUUCGCGCAGUUGGUUCAUUAACAAACUGUUUAAUUAAUCGCUUUCUUCGGUUCUUUUCAUUAUAUUUGAUUACGGUGCAGUGGCGGCGUGGGGACCUGCGCACAUCUUUGACCCAAGUUCGAGUCAGUCGCGCAUUGUUCUUAAACCAAUAUACUGUAGUAACUGUGAUAAGUGAUGAGAAUUCUUCUCAGCAUAGUAGUCUGUAUAGAAAGUUAUAAGCACAAUAGACUUCAUGUUACGAAAAACAUAAUCACCGGUCAUUACAUACUAAGAAGAAGCUUAUAAUUAGUUGCUGCUAAUAACCUCAGUGUGCUAUAUUAAUAUGCUCUCGCGAACACUGAUUAUGUCAUUUAUGUGAAGAGUAACACGUGUUAUAUUUCCUGAUAUAUGAGGCUUAACUAUUUCUUGAACAAUAUAUUGAACAUAUUCAAAACGUUAACUCUGCAAUGUUUGCUUCAUACAAUGACAUCUAAAGCUUUAUGCAAUGGAACUUUCCAAGCUUCUAGAGAGUCUUGGUUUCUUUCAUGUCAUAGGCAACUCGAUACCAUUGUUUACGUAUCCAUGUAUCCUGCUGAGUAGUUGGAAUAAUGUAUUAUACAGUACAACCUGUAUGAAUGAAACGCAGACAUUGUACAACCUGUAUGAAUGAAACGCAGGCAUUGUACUGUACAACUAGUAUGACGCGUGGAUAUUGUAUUGUACAACCUGUAUGACAUGUAUAUAUUGAACUGUCCAACCUGUGUGUUGAACUGUUCAUCCUAUAUGACAAGUGUAUAUUGUACUGUUCAACCUGUAUGUUGAACUGUCCACCCUGUAUGUUGAACUGUCCAACCUGUAUGUUGAACUGUCCACCCUGUAUGUUGAACUGUCCAACCUGUAUGUUGAACUGUCCACCCUGUAUGUUGAACUGUCCACCCUGUAUGUUGAACUGUCCAACCUGUAUGUUGAACUGUCCAACCUGUAUGACAAGUAUAAAUUGAACUGUACAACCUGUAUGUUGAACUGUCCAACCUGUAUGACAAGUAUAAAUUGAACUGUACAACCUGUAUGUUGAACUGUCCAACCUGUAUGAAAAGAAUAUAUAUAUUGAGCUGUUUAACCUGUAUGUUAAACUAUUCAACCUAUAUGACAAGCAUAUAUUGAACUGUUCAACCUGUAUGACACGUGUAUAUUGUACUGUACAACUUGUAUGAGUGACACUGAUUAAACAAUGUGCUGUACAUAUUUAUUGUAUUACAAAAUGAUUGUUUAUGUAAUAUCAGUUUAUUCAUUAGUUAUCAUAAUUGUCGUCUGUAUCAUGUCAGUGAAAACAUCGUCUAAGUACAUUUUACAUUACAGUCAAAAGGUAAAGUAUGUGUCGUAUUGCUGCAGUAUUCUUCAUUAAUUCAUUGACACUUUAGAUAUUAAUAGCCAGUAUUUCCUUUCCCGUAAAGCUUGCUUCGUAUUAGACAACUACCAACAUGACACCCAUCUAUUGAGGUGUAUUAUAAUUGUUAAAUAUAAUGAGAAGAGUAAAGAUAUAUGUUUUUAAAA